UUGAAGAGGAGGUUCAGGCUCGAGAACGGUCAACAACACGGGCGAAUUCUGAACCUACGCGGGGAACUGAAACCCGUCGACCAAAGGAACACCCGACUGGAGCGGCACUAUUUACCGAGACCACCACACUCAAAUGCUGCUUUUGUGAACGAGAGCAUGCUUCGCAAGAUUGUCGAACGGUUGCAAGCAUUGAGUCUCGUCGCGAGGUUAUCAGAAGAACUGGUAGAUGCUACAUAUGUCUUGGAAAGGGGCAUGUGUCCCGGAACUGCCGCAGCCGAAUCAAGUGUCGUAGUUGCAAAGGAAGGCACCAUGUCGCGAUAUGUUCAGGCCAACCUAGGCGAAAGGCACCAGAAAAACAAACAACAGGAAUCACCUCGUACAGGAGGGCUCGACCCUGAAGCCCCCCCAUUCCAGCUACCAAAAACGGGAUUAUUAUGGACGUAUUCUAGUAAACCUGUACUUCUUCAAACAGCAAGAGCCACUGCAUACAAUCCAGACUGUCCGUCAACCUCUUUGAGUGUUCGAAUGGUGAUGGAUACUGGCAGCCAGAGAUCAUACAUUACAAACAGUGCGAGGAGCCGACUCGAGUUGACCGCUGCAGGAGAACAACGUAUGACUAUCAUGGCAUUUGGGUCCGCCCAGAAUGGUGACAGUGUCUGUGAAUAUGUAAAACUAGGGCUCAAGCUGAAGAAUGGGGAGACGCAAAAUCUCUCACUGUUCACUGUACCUACGAUCUGUGAGCCGUUAAAGCCUCAUCCCCUCGUUGACUAUAGAAGGACAUAUCCACACUUGAGUGGAUUAGAGUUUGCUGACGAUCCGGAAGACGCUGAGACAAUCCAUGUGGAUAUGCUAGUUGGGUCUGAUCACUAUUGGGACCUCGUAACCGGAGCACUGCAGAGAGGAACAAACGGGCCAGUUGCCAUCGAAACGAGACUCGGAUGGGUUCUCUCUGGUCCUAUUUCCACUCCGAGUAUGGAUUCUCACGGUUUAAUAACACAUUCGCUGCACAUCACUUGUGAAGGAUUUGAGGAAAAGAUGCUGAAUGACACGAUGAGAUCGUUUUGGGAACUGGAAUCCUUUGGAAUCCCAAACACAGAUCGAUCACUGUACGAUAAACUUCGUGACACAAUAGAGUUUCGUGAAGGAAGGUACGAAGUUCAACUUCCAUGGAAGGCACCGAGACUGGACCUUCCCAACAACUACGCGCUUAGUUUGAAGAGAUUGAAGGGGUUGCUUCGACGCCUCCGACACGACCCAGAUGUACUACGCGAGUAUGACAUGGUGAUCAAGACGCAGUUUGAGCAGGGGAUAGUUGAAUUAGUAGAGGAUUUGGCAAACAGGCCCGAUGUACACUAUUUACCUCAUCAUCCAGUAAUCCGAAAGGAUAAAAUGACCACGAAAGUGCGAGUGGUCUACGAUGCCUCGGCCAAAACGAGUGGGCCCUCUCUCAACGACUGUCUGGACCAAGGACCGAAAUUCGAUCAAAAAAUCCUUGACAUUCUUUGUCCGUUUAGAACCCAUCGAGUUGCUGUAACAGCCGAUAUCGAAAAGGCGUUUCUUAUGAUAUCUGUGGCAGCUAAGGAUCGAGAUUUCUUGCGGUUCUUGUGGGUGGACGAUGCAGUUAAGGACGAGCCGAGAAUUGUUGUGUAUCGGUUCGCUAGAGUGGUAUUUGGGGUGAAUGCCAGCCCCUUCUUGUUGAACGCCACCAUCCGACACCAUCUUGAAAUACACGCGGACACACACCGUGAAAUUGUUUCCAAGGUGAUACGGUCGAUCUAUGUCGAUGAUAUUGUAACAGGUUCACAAUCGGAAGAGCAAGCUUAUCAGUUGUACAGUGAAGCUAAAACCUUGCUGAAGACGGGUGCAUUCAACUUGCGAAAGUUUUACACUAAUGCAACGAGAUUGCAAGCUAAGGUGGACCUCGAGGAGUCGGCACAGCAUCAAGAUGAGCCUAAGCCAAUGGAAACAUAUUCACAGUCCACACUGAGUGGCAAUGGAGAACUUUGCGAUGCUGAGCAAAGAAUUCUUGGAUUGAAGUGGAAUAUCACCUCAGAUCAGAUUAUCUUCUCAUUAGCCGAUUUGGCUGAACAAGCCCGAAGACUGGAGCCCACCAAAAGGAACGUCAUCAGCCUUAUCGGGAGGGUGUAUGACCCAUUAGGAUUCUUGGCCCCAAUUGUAGUGAGAUACAAGGUGUUCAUGCAGUCUUUAUGCAAGGCCAAGAUUGGCUGGGACGAGAAAAUACCGGAGGCCUCGAUAACGCAGUGGAGCAAACUCGUGUUGGCUUUGGAAGAUGCGCAGCCUUUGACAAUUCCUAGAUGCUACCUGGAAGCUGUGCAAGGUGAAGUGCUUUCCUAUCAGCUUUGCGGCUACUGUGAUGCCUCACUGUCAGCGUACGCUGCAGUUAUCUAUUUGUUGAUUGAGACCAAAGACAAGACUCACAUGCGAUUUGUGGUUGCCAAAACGAGAGUGGCACCUUUGAAGAAACAAACUGUACCUAGACUUGAGCUUCUCUCAGCAGUAUUGCUCGCAAGAUUAAUGAACACGACAAAAUUGAGUUUGAACCCAGAGAUUGAGAUAUCCUCCUUUCACUGCUUCAUUGACUCCCAAGUCGCUCUAUGCUGGAUAAGAAAUAUAGGAAAGUCAUGGAAGCCGUUCGUGCAAAACAGAGUGUCAGAAAUUCGAAACCUGUUCCCAGUUGAGUGUUGGAAUCACAUACCAGGCGUUGAAAAUCCUGCUGAUGUGCCCUCAAGGGGAACUACACCUCUCGAAUUAUUGGUGAACAAAUUGUGGCGAGACGGUCCUAGCAUGCCAUUUAGGUAUUCUGACAAAGCAACCGAUGACGACCUUCCCUCGGAAUGCCUCGAAGAGCUCCCGGCAAGCGAGAAACGAGCCGUACAUGGUCUUUUGACAAUCGAGGAGUCUUCUGUUACGAACCUCAUUCAGGUCAAUAAUUUUAGCGAUAUCAACAAACUUGUCAAUGUUCUCACCUACGUAUUGAAGUUUUGUUCCUAUAUGAAGAGACUCAUAUCUCCUACCACAGUUUGUAAAAAUGAAAGAAUGAUUGCCGAAGUACUCCUAAUAAAGGAAGCACAACUGUUGCUGAGAGAUCACAAGAAUUUCUUAAUGUGGGAGAAGCAGUUGUUCCUUUUCGAAGAUGAACAUGGAGUUUUGAGAAGUCGAGGGAGAAUUGCCAAUGCAACUUUACCAUACUCGACCAAGCACCCUAUUAUUUUGCCGAGUGACCAUCCUCUGACAACAAUGUAUAUCCGCCAAUCUCAUAGUCGAGUGCUACACAACGGUGUAAAGGAGACCCUCACCGAACUCAGGUCACGAUUCUGGGUGAUAAAGGGAAGAAGUGUAGUCAAGCAAGUUCUUCACAGUUGCAACACCUGCAGACGACACGAAGGAAUGUCCUGCCGAGUACCACCACCCCCCCCAUUGCCUACUUUUAGAGUUCAAGAAGCACCACCCUUUACGAGCACUGGUGUUGAUUUUGCUGGACCAUUGUACGUCAAGCAUCCUGGUGGAGUGCAAACGAAGGUUUGGAUAGUAUUAUACACUUGUUGUGUUACCAGAGCUAUCCACCUGGACCUUGUGAGUGACAUGUCGGCACCCGUUUAGCGCGAGGAGAGGCUUACCUGCAAUGAUGAUAUCUGAUAAUGGCAAAACUUUUGUAGCAGCAGCCAAGACCAUCAAGAGGGUC